AUGGCGACUACCAAGGUGCCUAUUUAUUCCACCAACGACCUCAAAUCCACUAGCGAUGACGCCCUAGUUCCCUACUUGACCAACCUCCCCGCGCCCUACACCUUCACCCCAGACCACACCAAGACCAACGUCCGCUUCGCGCUGGGCUACAGCGCCGUCGCAAUCUCGGCAUUUACCUUUUACGCAGACCGCAAGCUAGGCUGGGAGGCCGCCACAUCGACAUGGGUCAUUGUCGCCGUAUGCUCGUACUUCAUUCUUAACACCGCCCUGACAUAUUGGGUUUGGGCCGUGGAGGCUGGAGAGGUAUUUCGCGGAAAGCGAAAGACUGGAGAGACCAUAUCUAUCUCCUCGUCUGUUAUUAAGAACUCCGUUCCCUACAAACUCCACAUCCAAUACAAGUCCCCUGCUGGCAAGGUCCUACAGGACAAGCGCAUCGUAGCUCCUUUUACAACAUGGUUCUCGACUGACGGCGUUUUUCAUCCGGAGCCGUUCCGACGCUGGUUGGCGAGUGAGGUUGAUGUACUAAGACUUGCGGCGAAGGAGAGUGAGAAGAAGAACGCUGGUGAUUCGGGACGAUAG